AUGGCGGGGAGCGGCGGAGCCGGGGCGGCCCCGCGGGAGCACCGCCUGCAGCCCGGGGACACCCUGCCGGGGCUGGCGCUGCGCUAUGGGGUGACGAUGGAGCAGAUCCAGCGCGCCAACCGCCUCUACUCCUCGGACACGAUUUUCCUGAAACCCACGCUGCUCAUCCCGGCCCCUGCUCGGCCCCCGGGGCCCUGGGACCGGGACAGUGCCGGGGACAUUGCCGGGGACAGUGCCGGGGACAGUGCCGGGGACAGUGCCGGGGACGUUGCCGGGGCUGUCCCGGUGCCCCCCAGCCCCUCCCGUCAUGACCUGACGGCCUCGGAUUUCCUGCGGCGCUUGGACGCCGAGAUCGGCCGCUCCAAGGAGGCGGCGGCGCAGCGGCUGCAGAGCCACGACUGCAGCCCCGGGGGUGGCCCCAGCCCCGCGUCCCCUCGGGGGGCCCGGCUGGGUCCCCGUCCCCUCACCAGGACCCCGCGGGCGGCCGCGCUCAGGGACAGCGAGGACGAGAUCUUCACCUUGUGACAGCGGGGACAUCCCUGGGGACAUCCCUGGGGACACUGGGGACACCGGGGACAGCGAGGACGAGAUCUUCACCUUGUGACAGCGGGGACAUCCCUGGGGACAUCCCUGGGGACAUUGGGGACACAAAUGGGACACCGGGGACAGCGAGGACGAGAUCUUCACCUUGUGACAGCGGGGACAACCCUGGGGACAUCCCUGGGGACAUUGGGGACACCAGGACUGUGACACUGGGGACACUGGAAGUGGAGAACUGGGGACACUGGAGAUGUGACAUCGAGGACAUCGGGGACACCGAGAACCCUGGGGACACCCGGGAUGUGACACUGAAGACACCUGGGAGGU